UUGGAGCAGGGGAUCGUACCUUUCUGAUGAGUACACACACCCUGACCCAGCAGAAAGAAGAAGAAGAAGCAGCAGCAGCAGCAGCAGCAGCUGCUCCAACAUCUCUCUUUUCUUUUUCCUUUUUCUUUUCCUUUUUCUUUAUUUGCUCUGUUUCAUCUGAUCAGCCGACGACUCGAAUCGUCAUCGUCAUGGUUGUGACCCUGUUUUCUCUCUCUCUCUCUCUCUCUCUCUCUAGUUUCGAAGUGUGAGCAGUAGGAGGCCAUUUUUAAUCUCCCCUUUCGUUUCUUUGCUUACAACACACGUUACACUGCCUAUCUUCCCUUCGAGUACCUCUCUCUCUUCGCUCUCCCUCCGCCUAUUUAAACGCGAGCGCACCCACCCUCCUCUUUGUCCAUCCGUCCACACCACCCAGUGAGUGACGGCCCAACUUCAGUGCUCAAGAAGAGAGAGAGACAGAGAGAGACAGAGAGAGAGAGGCGCAUUGAUUGGGAUGGCGACGGUGGUAGUAAGACAGUACGACCCAGAAAAGGACCGUGCGAAGGUGGACGCCGUGGAGAGGGAAUGCGAGGUCGGGCCCAGUGGGGAGCUCUCCCUCUACACCGACCACAUGGGUGACCCGAUUUGCAGGGUCCGGAACUGUCCUGCCUUCCUCAUGCUGGUGGCGGAGAUGGGUGAGGAAAAAGAGAUAGUGGGGAUGAUCAGGGGUUGCAUCAAGACCGUUACAUGCGGCAAGAGGCUCUCCAGAAAUACCAAAAACGCCACCAACAAUACUGCCGGGGCCGCCGCCGCCGCCUUCGCUUCGGUCGACACCUGUAUUCCCACCAAGCAAGUCCCAGUGUACACCAAGGUCGGCUACAUAUUGGGCCUCCGUGUCCCUCUUCCUCACAGGAGGAUGGGAAUAGCGUCGAAGCUGGUCGAGAGAAUGGAGGAGUGGGUGAGGGAGAGCGGCGGCGAGUACUGCUACAUGGCCACCGAGAACGACAACCUCCCCUCCGUCAACCUCUUCACCUCCAAAUGCGGCUACUCCAAGUUCCGCACCCCCUCCAUCCUCGUCAACCCCGUCUUCGCUCACCGCCUCCGCCUCCCCGGUCGGGCCGCCAUCCUAAAGCUCUGCCCCAGCGAAGCCGAGCUCGUCUACCGACUCCGCUUCUCCACGUCCGAGUUCUUCCCACGCGACAUCGACGCGGUCCUCAACAACAAGCUCAGCCUCGGAACCUUCCUCGCCGUCCCCAGCGGCAGCGACGGCGACCGGCCUUGGGGCGGGGCAGCGGAGUUCCUGGCGGACCCGCCGGAGUCGUGGGCGGUGGUGAGCGUGUGGAACCUGCAGGAAGUGUACAAGCUGGAGCUGCGGGGCGUGCCGACGGCGAAGCGGGCGCUCGCGAGGGCGUCGCGGGCGGUGGACGGGGCGCUGCCGUGGCUGGGGCUGCCGUCGUUCCCGGAGCUGUUCAGGCCGUUCGGGGCCCACUUCCUGUACGGGCUGGGCGGGGAGGGGCCGGGCGCGGGGGAGAUGGUGAGGGCGCUGUGCGGGCACGCGCACAACCUGGCGAAGGAGCACGGCUGCGCGGUGGUGGCGACGGAGGUGGCGAGGCGGGAGCCGCUGGCGUUGGCGGUCCCGCACUGGAAGAGGCUGUCGUGCGAGGACUUGUGGUGCGUCAAGAGGCUCGGGGAGGACUACAGCGACGGGGCGGUGGGUGACUGGACCAAGUCACCGCCCGGGCUUUCCAUCUUCGUUGACCCAAGAGAAGUCUAACGAGCCAAGACCCAAGACUGGCAAAGACUUCAAUUUUUCUCUUUUUAAUUUCUCUUUUUUUUUCCUUUUUUUUUCUUAAAUUAGGAGGAGAAAAAGAGCAAUAUUAGAGGAGAGAAAAAAGGAAAACUUUUUUUAUUCCUUUUUUUUUUUUUAAAUAUUUUGUCUUC